GUGCUACCGGUCAGGGUCCUUAUCGCGCCCGGCCUGACCCGGGAGGAGAGCAAGCCCGACCCGGUCCUCCCUUCUCCGCCACCGAGGCCUUUCCCUCCAAGCUCCCCCGCUUCCCCCUCUCCCAGGCCAUCUUGUACCAGGAAUCACGUGAGGAAAGGGGGGGCGGGAGAACGAGAGCCGCUGGUUCCCAUAGAAAUAGGGAAAGGGUUGUUCCCACCAGUCAUGUGACCUGCCCUGGCCGAUGGCUCCUUCCGCCAGGUUUGGCGCCGUGCGGGGGCCGUAGGAUCGCGGGCCCCCCCGCACUCCCGGGCAGGCGCCGCCGCUCCGCGCCCCGCCAAGGCGCUUCUCAGCUCCCGCCGGGACCCUACCAUGGAGGUUUUCAUCCCGUCGUUCCGCUAUGAGGAGAGCGAGUUGGAAAGAGGCUACACGGUCUUUAAAAUAGAAGUACUAACGAAUGGAAGAAAACACUUUGUCGAAAAGAGGUAUAGUGAAUUUCACGCUCUGCAUAAAAAGCUUAAGAAAUUUAUAAGAACCCCAGAAAUCCCUUCAAAGCAUGUGAGGAACUGGGUGCCCAAAGUCCUCGAACAGCGUCGGCAAGGUUUGGAAACUUAUUUACAGUGUAUUAUUUUAGAAAAUGAGGAGCUUCCUAAAAUUUUUCUUGAUUUCCUCAACGUUCGUCACUUCCCUUCUCUUCCAAAAGCAGAAAGUUGUGGCUCUUUUGAAGAAACAGAAUCUGAAGAAUCAAGCAAACUGUCCCACCAGCCUGUGCUGCUGUUCCUAAGGGAUCCAUAUGUCUUGCCUACAGCCAAUGAUGACUUUCCAAAUGUAGUUAUUGAAGGUGUUCUUCAUGGAUUGUUUUAUCCUCACCUGCAGCCCAGGUAGAAAAUGGGUUUGGAUGGAUAGUAACUGAAGUAAAUUCAAGACCUCUUCCUCGAUUUGGAUUUUUAGUGGAAAUCUAAAGAGUGGAAUGUGGCAACAGUUACGUUUAAUAAUGGAACAUUUACCCUUUCUGAAAUCAGUGAAUCACUAAUAUUGCUGCUUUUUUAAAAAGCUGAACAGAAGAAAUACUACUCUGAAGACUAAUUCUACUUAACUCUAAAUAUUUAAACUGUAGAAUAGCUGAUGUGUAUAUACUGAAUUAUACUAACCUCUUUGUCAUUUGAUUGUUUUUAAUAUAAUAAGCGACUACACUAAACCUUUGUAGCAUCCACUGCUGGCAGUGGAUAGUCAACAUUCUAGCACAUGCAAGACUAAAUAAUGCAAAUAUUUAGAUAAUAAUUGCCAAAAAUGGAGAUGCAAUAUAAGCUUAUUGUAUCAGUAUUUCCAGUGUUGUAUCAUAUCUGUGUCAUCUGAAGAAGGAUUGGACAUGUUCAUAUGCUUGAAACCAGGUUCAAGAGUUGCUUUAAUUUACUUCAAGGCCCUGGCUACAGUCCUUGGGCUUCCAGAUAAUAAUAUGCUUGUUUAGCAUAACUCUCCCAUGUUAGUUAACCUGUGCUACUCUGUAAAAGAAAACAAGCAGUAAUGUGAUUAAUUGGGGAGAGGGGGGAAGAUAUCAUGCAUCAGAGGUCAACUGUCCAAAUAAAUACAUGUCUCUGUUUUGCAAGAUGUUGGAUUCCAAAGUAAAACAUUAUGUAAAAAUU